CUUUUCUUCCGUUACUUCUUGCAGGUGGUUCGAGCUAUACCCACAAAUCAUUUUCGGUAUAACAACACAAUACAAGCUAGGAGAUUCCUCUAUUAAACAUAUGGGCUGCUCUUCUGCUAUAUGACAUCGCAGCCCGAUAAGUCAACGAAUCUGAGUAGGAGGUUACCAGACCGCGAGCACAGCCUACUGGAACGACACGAUGGGAGAGGAACGAUCCAAAAAGUACCUGCCUUCUUUUUGGCACGACGAUGUUGCAAUGCAAGGUUAUAUGAGCGUCAUCAAAGCGCGUGCUGCAAUGCAAUCAUUAGUGUGGACUCGUUGAAGAAGAGGUUUCGACGAGGCGAUCAAAUUCCAGCUAGUCUCAACAUUGUCUUGGAGCAUUUAGAGAGCUGUGGUGUGCUCACACCUCUGUCAAAAUGGAAAGAGCAGCAUUCAUCAUGGACAGACUGGAGCAUUUGCCAGCUAAGUAAAACGUCCGAGUGGUUGUUUGGUUCUUCAAAAACGGAGAAUAGCGUGCGUUAUAUCCACUUACCUACAGUCAAGAUACAAGCUGACUUGCUGAUGAACUUGUAUUCUAGAGAAUUUCUUUCUGAAGUGGAUGGAACGGGAAGCAUUGUUGCUUACAGUACCUUCUAUGAUAGCGCCGGUGACAUCGUUCAUACAAAGGAGAACUUCGAUGUUGUGCUAGCUUAUCUUUCGGAGCGAGGUGAUCUUGUUAUUGGGCAAGAUCGUCACGGUGAACAAAUCUUGAAGUUCAGAGAUACUACAAGCAAUGGGCCAGUGAGGUUUACUGAAGCUGAUGCUAGUGUGCAUGAUAUUAGAAGAGCAAUGUCGAAGGUAGAGAAAGAAAUUAAUACCUUGGAGAAGAAAAUACAAAAACUUGAUCUCGAUUGUCGUACAGCGUUACGAACUGGCGACAAGACAAAAGCAGCAAGUCUGUUAAGACAGAAAAAACGAGCACAGAAAGAUGUUACUGACAAGGAUAGCCAAUAUCAACGGUUAUUGACCAUGUUGGAACAACUUGGUUCAACCAAGCAUCACAAAGAUGUUCUGGAUGCAUACAAAGCUGGAACUGAAGCCUUCAAGGCCACAUUGGCUCGACAUGGUCUCAGUCCUGACAAGAUUGAUCACACUUUGGAUGAUGUUGCAAGCUCUAUAGACGAGUUCCGUGAGAUUGAAGAAGCCAUAAGCUUACCAGUUCUGCCAAAAGCCUAUGAUGAAGAUGAGCUUGAGAAAGAACUUGAAGACUUGGUUGCGAAACAGAUGCCACUCCCAACCCCUCCGAAUGUCACUCCCAAAAAGAAGGUCGCUGCAUCGCUACCUGACGUUCCUUCCAAUACAGUCGGUUAUCGCGAAGAUGAUGAUAAGGAAGCAAUGGAUCUGGAAAAGCGUCUUGAACGGUUAAGAUCAGCGAUGUGAUAUGUGCUGUUCAAUAAAACGUGCACGCUAUGAACAAAAGCAGCGAUGUAAUGAGCAGGGCUCGGCACGAGGUGGC